UUGAGAAUCCACAUCGUCUAAAAUGAAAGUAAUCGUGUUGGGACUGAGUUUUGUGUACCUAUGCGCCAAAUCUGAGAUGUCAUGCUAUGACGGAUCAGGGGAAAACUGCCAAGAUGAAGUAAUAUCACCUGAUGAGUCUAAGAAAUAUACCAAAGAAUCCAAUGUAAAAUGGGACAUUUACUUGAGGAAAAUAGAGAAAGCUGUAGCAGAAUACCAGGACUGUGUACAUGAUGAUUGCUCAUGCUAUGCUAGUGUUAUAGAAAAAGAUUUAGAGGUGUGGAAAGAUGGAAUCUCAAAAGAGAACUUGGAGUCGGCAAAGCCACGUGGUACCCAUUAUCAGAUCAUCAACCACAAACUAUACAGGGAGGAUGCCUGUAUGUUUCCUGCCAGGUGUAGUGGAGUUGAGCAUUUUAUACUUGAGAUCAUUAAAAAGCUGCCAGAUAUGGAAUUCAUAUUAAACACACGUGACUGGCCACAGUCAUCAAGAUACCAAGCUCCUUUACCAGUUUUCUCAUUCAGCAAAGUGCCAAGGCAGAGUUGGGACAUUAUGUAUCCAGCAUGGACAUUUUGGGAAGGUGGUCCGGCAGUGUGGCCCAUAUAUCCAACUGGCCUGGGCAGAUGGGAUGAACAGAGAGAAAUUAUUCCAAAGGCAGCUAAAAAAUGGCCAUGGGAAAAGAAGCUGAACAAGGGAUACUUCAGAGGUUCCAGAACAAGUGACGAGAGAGAUCCACUAGUUUUACUGUCACGAAAUGAGCCGGAUCUUGUAGAUGCCCAAUACACCAAAAAUCAGGCUUGGAAAUCUAAAGCUGAUACAUUGGGAGCAGAUCCAGCAAAAGAAGUGAGAUUAGAAGACCAUUGUGAUCACAAAUAUUUAUUCAAUUUCCGUGGAGUAGCAGCAAGUUUUCGCUUCAAGCAUCUGUUUCUGUGUGACUCUGUUGUGUUCCAUGUUGGGGAGGAUUGGAUGGAAUUUUUUUAUUCAGCAAUGAAACCUUGGGUUCAUUAUAUCCCAGUUAGGCAGGAUCUCACUGAUGUCAGGGAGUUACUGCAGUUUGCUCAAGAAAAUGAUGCGGUUGUACAUAAGAUAGCACUGAGGGGAAGACAGUUUAUAUGGGACCAUUUACGAAUGGAGGAUGUGUCAUGUUACUGGCUUAAACUGCUUAAACAAUAUGCAAAACUUUUGUCCUUUAAGCCAACAAGAAACAAGUCAUUCAAGCAAAUAAAGGCAUGAUUGAAAAGUGAAA